CUCAAACCGAAAGUAGGAAGAAAAAUGUCAAGACACAAGAUCUAGAGCUAUUAAAUUUAGUUUUUAGUGUUAAAACAGGAUAUUAUUAUUAAGAUCUUUGUAGCUAAUUCAGGAAAUAAACAUAGAAGAGAAGUAAGUGAGAGACAUAUGUCAACAAAUAUGGCUGAAGGAGGUAUCGAGCACCAAAUCCAAGCAGAUGACCGAGGGGCCGACACCGCCCCGAUAACUUUCGAAGACUUGGGGAUCCCUGACGCAGGGGGAACAGAGCUUCCCGACGCACCUUUUGGUCUUGGCAAGAGACGGUCAGUGCGUGACCUACAGAAGAAAGAGUAUGUGUUUAUAGUGCUAGCUGGACUGUGCUUACUGGUCACACUGGUACUGACCAUCUGGAAGCUUGCUACUUUACCAAAAACUUCCAAUGACUUCUCCUUCGCUUUAGUCUUGCUUCUAAGUACAGUGUUCUGCCUGUGGUACCUGGUUGAAGGUAUCAUGUUGGAGCGGCCGUAUGAAAUCCUCGUUCUCUCCAUCUCGACUUUUGUGGUCUGGUUGUACAUCAUACUCAACUUUUCCCUCGGUAGGAAGGAUAUGGUCAAAAUGGUUCGACUUAUUGUAACAUCAGCUCUCAGCCCGUUUAUGAUAGUGUUGGGUGUACUGAUUGCCAAACACUACUUUGAUUCUGGGCGUUUAAUUUUCCGCACAGUGGGAGCUCAGAGUUUUAUGCAGCGAAUGUGUAGGACCAUUUUUGGAUACUUUGGGAUGUUGAAAUUUGAUCUACAACUCAGUUUGUCCAUGGUAAUCCUGAUCUUGACCACUGGUCAGGUACUGAACGAGCUGGAAUUGGUCAUUGUAAUCAUUGGCAUCGUGAUUGUCUUUGGGUGUGCACUGAUUGGAUAUCUGGGAGUGCGUUGUGAAAGCAAGAUAUUGUCCAUCAUUUAUUCAUUCACCCUGAUAAUUCAGCCAUGUUAUGUAAUCUACAAAAUUGUGGAGUCUGUGAUUAAGUUCACCCCGGCUACUGACAGUAUUGCUGUACCGACCAUGGUCUGUGGUGCCAUGUCCUUAGGAGUAAGACUUGUCCUGAUCGCCUACUUUGUAAUGUCGUGGCUGAACUACGGAAAAGGGUUGAAAGAGAAAGUGUUUGCUAAAACUCCUACCGACGCUGAAGCAAACCGUAACAACACCACUGUUCAAACCUGAGGAAUGACGCAAGAAAGAGGUUUUAAUGGCAGCAAUAGAUUAAAGUUUCAUUGUAGAAUUUUACAAAAAAAACAUCAUUUAACGGCAUAUUGUUAAAGACGCACAAGGAAUUUUGACAUCAGUUUCUUGUGUUUGUUUCUAGUAAGGCAUUCACUAAUAUUGUAAAUCGUUAAAGAUGGUUCCCGUUGCUUUCAGCAAUGACUCAACACUCGAAAUAUCAAUAGCAUAAUGGACAUCAUACUCUGAUAUUUCCAUAAAUCCCAAUAUUGAGAUAUAAUUUAAAAGAUGAAGGCGUGAAUGGUCAAUAGUUUUGUUUUAUGGGUCAGCCCAUGGGAAGAAGCUGUCGUAAAGUUAACAUGGAGUCCAACAUCUUUCACUUGUCCACUCAUGUGAUUAUUUGAGUUAACUAAAAGGUAAUAUACGAUAGUUUUUUUUAUCACGUGACUGUAUAUGUAUAAAGUGAUAUUCAUAUAAAUCGUCGGCCACAGUUUAUGAUAGAAGAUGCAUGUGCCGAAUCCAUAGAGAGCAUGGUCCUGUCGUAGUUAAUGUUAAUGGGUAACACAAUGCAUAUCGAAUAAAAAACACCAUAAAUAUGUAAAUGCUUGUUUAAAAAAAAAAUAACAACACUUAUUUGAAAUGAUUUUGACUUGUUUUGACAUACCUAUUGUGUUUUACAUAAGUUUUUUUUUCUAUUGUUGGAUUGAAAGACAUGCUCUCUAUAGCUGUGAAUAAACAAUAUUUUCUCUGUCUCGAUAUUCUUUUAAAAUACUGUUACGAUAUUCUUUAUAUUCAUAGAGAUUGAAAUACAUAUUCAAAGCAAUGCAAUGUAUAUAAAAAUAGAGUUGCUUAUAUCUAUAUCAUUGGAAAAAAAGAAGAAGAAUCCUGGUGCAUAGGUCCUAAAUAUACAGGUAUCGGCAGGCAUAAUGCCCACCUAGUAUCAAACCUGAAAGAUGAAGAAAUUAAUGGCUAUAUACAAUUUGGCAUUUCCACGGUUUCUUCUUUAGAUACAUGGCAUUAAUUUAAAACAUGUUAUCCAAGACGCAAACCUAGUUGUAAUAUAUAUAGAUUAAAGGAUAAUAAUAACAAGCUAUUAUGCUAUCUUAUUAAGGUCAUUUCAUGUUUUCACUCAGUUGUGUUUAUGUAAAAUAUUUGUGUGCGCAUAUCUAUGCAUUUAACAUAUUUACAUAUAUAUUUUGACAUUCCAAGCUGUAUUUUUCAUUUAUUUGCAAUGUUUAAGUUAAAUUAUCUAAUGUUCUUUUAAAGCUGUCAAAGUCAUUUGUGCCAAGUUGUUCAGAGUUAUCGAGACAUUAACGGAAGGUUUAAAACAAAAGUUUGAUUUUAUGAUGUACAUUUCUAUAUGUGAAUAUUUCAGUGUAUUUUUUUGUUGUGUUCGGACGAUCAUCUUAAUCAAUGUACAUUCAAUUUUAGUUUUAAGGAUCAUUAUCCCCCUACCAUCAAAACACUAGAUAAUUCCACCGUAAGUUUUCGUAUGUAUAUAUACUUAACUCCCUUUCAUUUCGUUUUGGAUAUACAUGAAGUGUAGUUAAGCUAGCAAUAGGGUACUUCCUUUCACUAUGUAGAGUAGAUGGGUAGACCGACAGUUAAAUGAUUUGAGGACCAGUGUUUGAUUCCUGUUCUAGCCCUGCUGGAUGUAUACACCCAUAACACUAUUUUUCAAUACAUUUUGUUUACCUCAUUUUUUAAUUAUUUUUUUAUAACCUGCAAGGUAUAUUGUUCUUUUCAGAACUGAUUUACCAUAGCUAUAUUAAAGUCAAAAUCAGUUAAAAUGCAUUGUUACGUUUUUGGCACUUAAUGUACCAGGAUCUUCAUUUUUAAACUACAUAAAAUGAAAAUUUCAAUAUGAAGUUCUUUAACCUCUUGGCUUUGAACUAGUGCACAUUGAGUAAUUGUUUUUUGAUAGUGUUAAAUAUACUUAAUUACUGAUAUUUGUACAUGCAUGUAUAAAAUGAGGAUACAUUUGCUUGUGCUGAAUGAAUAUCGUACAACGCUUGGUACCUACAUGGUCGGAAAAUUUUGCCUCUGUGAUUUUCAAAUAAAUAAUUUAUUUUUUACAUGACAUAGGUGGCAUAACUUCAAAGAGAGACUGUCCAUGUUUUCAUACGAAUAAUAACUGCUGUUUCUAUGCGGUGUGUAGCAGCGUCAAUGAAGUCACAGUUGUAUUUUUAUUAUAUACCACCAUUGCGUUGUUGUGAUAUUUGCUUUGUGCAAUUUUGUUUAUUUUGUUUAUUUUGUUGUUAUGAUUUUUAAUGCUUUCACUCUAAACUUUGAAAAUCAUUUUUGUUUAAAGUAUUCUUUGUGAUAUGUGAUUUCAUACAGUUGGCGAGAUUUAUUUCCUAGCCACAUAGCUACCUAGGAAUAUUCCAUCGGACUUCAAAGAACAUUAAGGUUGAGCUGAUUUCUUUUGCGACUAGUAGCAGUUCUUAAAUUCCCUAUUUUCUAACCUUUCUAAAGUAAAUGAUUUCUUCUGGAUUUUAAUGUAAAUAUAUUUUAUUCAAAUGUUACAUCCAAGUGCCUUUAAGGUUUUAACACGUGCACCAUCCGAGUCCAAGACGUUCUAAAUAGUCUGCGUCAUCUGAUGCAUGUUAAUAUAAUGCUGAGCCUCAACUUAUAUAGCCAUCACUAAUAGUUUGUCUAUUUACGUUUUAAUGAACACUUUUCUUCCGUUUUCUUAAAAAAUGUACAAUUUUCUUUUGUCAAAUUACCAUCCUUUUUUUCAAAAUCAAGUGUUUUAACGACCCAUUAUUUUUUACUGACAAAUUAGUAAUUAGUUCACAAUUACGCUGUGGUAUUUGAAAGCAAAUGCAAGAAUUGGUCAAUAAGGCUAGCUGUUAUAAUGUUAAAUAUAUCAUGUACUUUUAGCCCAACACCGUUCCAUCGUUUUAAUUAUGAACGCAUUUUAAUAAUGAAAUAUAAUUGCAGCCCUUAUUUUUACAAUAAUCAUUCCAUACCUUUUAUUGUUUAUACGGUGCGAUUAUAUAAGAUUUCCUCAGCUAACUUUAACGUUAGUAUUGACAUUGAUAACACAACAGUAGUGUAACAGUAUACUUUCAUGAUUAUGAUGAGCACACUGCAGAAUAGUCAAUGCUAAAAUGGCCGCAUAAUAGUAUGCAUUUUUAGCACUACAAUUAUAUUCGUGCUUGUAAUUAUUCCGAUGCAGCAGUAUACACUCAUAAACCUAUUUUAACACAGAUUCCUUACACAGAUUCAAUACAUGGAUUCGAUAUAGAUAAAAAAAAAAAGCAGCAGGCUCUUUCUGUUUUAUUGACACAUAAGUAGCAAUUGUUUUUCCUAAUUAAAACGUCUAAAAUGGAGAGAUUCUUUUGAAGCAUUCUCGAAAAUCCACGGAUUACACUCACUUUCGCUCUUUGCAACCAUGAAAUAUGUUAUGACAAAAUCGAAAGCUCUGCGUGCACCACCUUGUGAAUGAGAAAAGAAGAUUAGUGUUCGAUCUUUUGAUAUACAUCAAAAGAAAAUCGCGGUCACGUAACGGUAUAAUUGACUUGCAUCGAAAUCGUCGCUUCUCUGUAAUCUCUUUAAAGGGACAUCACGUGAAAAGGCGUUUUUUUUAAUGAAUGUAUGUAUUGUAUGCACUUCCACUUAUGUUACCU